AGACUCAUGUAAUCAAACUUGAAAUCUCAUUCAUUCCCAAAUAGCAGAAAUAUUUCCAAUCUCCAUGGCUUCGGAUCCAAUUAGUACACCAACCAGGCCAAACCAUUCUCUGCCACUACCACUCCGAGAUCGAGUAGCCAUAGUCACCGGUUCGUCCCGUGGAAUAGGCCGAGCCAUCGCUCUCCACUUGGCCUCACUUGGUGCCAAGCUCGUAGUCAACUACAUCUCCAAUUCAUCCGAAGCCAAUUCUGUUGUUUCCCACAUCAACACCAAUUACUGCUCAGGCUCUGAAACCCCAAGAGCCAUUGCAGUACAAGCUGAUGUGUCCGAUCCAAACCAGGUGAAGUCACUCUUCGACAAUGCCCUGCAGGCCUUCAACUCCCACCCCUACAUCCUGGUCAACUCGGCCGGAGUUGGAGAUCCCACAAACUUACCCUUAGCCAAAGCUUCAGUAGAGCAUUUUGAUAAAAUUUUCAGUGUCAACUGCAGAGGGACAUUUAUUUGCUGUCGCGAGGCAGCAAACAGGCUGCAACACGGAGGCGGGGGCAGAAUUAUAACGGUAUCGUCGAGUGCAGUGAAAGCAGUGAUUCCGGGUCUAGGGGCUUAUGCGGCAUCAAAAGCGGCGGUGGAGACCAUGACCAAAAUACUAGCAAAGGAGCUCAAGGGGACUAAGAUUACUGUCAAUUGUGUAUCACCAGGGCCAGUUGCAACUGAUAUGUUCUUUGCCGGGAUAAGGGAGGAAGAGGUGAAGAUGGUGAUAGAGGAGUGCCCAAUGGGUCGGCUAGGGGAGACCAGGGAUGUUGCCCAUGUUGUUGGGUUUUUGGCUUCUGAUUCCGGUGAAUGGAUCAAUGGGCAGGUGAUCCAGGUUAAUGGUGGAAUAUUUGCUUAGCAACUUGUUUUUGGUGAAUAAGCGCUAGCAAUUUAAGAUCAUGAUCUUCCAAAUUUCAAACAUUUUACAAGUUGAUAAAGUUAUGAACCUUCUUUA